AUGGCGGAACGCGAUUUUGCUUCCAGAAUAUUAGAGGAGUGUGGUGGUGAUGACUAUUUGCUGAUUGAAAAGUUACUAAGGUUGCGAUCCGACUCUUUGGCGAAUCAAUUCAAAACUAAAGCUUCUGCUAUUCUUCAUGCAAAUAAUCGACAGUAUGCACCUGUUUCAGAGACAAUAACAACCAAUAAUCAUGAUGUUGCUGCUGGUACAAGUGUUGGUAAAGUUGAUGCUUCUGAUUCUGAUGAUGUUCUUCAUUCAAAGAAUCGACAGUGUGAGUGUGAUGCUGCUAAGGAGACAAUAGCAACCAAUAAACAUGAGAUUGUUGCUGGUAGAAGUGUUCGCAAAAUACUUAAAAUAAAACGAAGUGAUGGACUGAGGAAAGUUGUUUGUGGAAAUUCUAGUGCAGAAAAUAACGAGACAGCUACCAAGGAAUCUAACAAUGCUGAUAUAAAGAAUAAUGAGACAACUGCUGAGGAAUCCUAUUCGGAUUAUGAACGUAAUAAAAAAGUACAUAAAAUAGAGAAGAUUGCCGGUAUGUUUGAAUCUAUGUUGGAUCACAAUGUUAACCCUUGGGAUGAAAUGCGUUUAAAGAAUAAAGAGACAGUUGCUGAGGAAAUCGAGAAUCCUAAUACAAAGAAUAACGAGACAGCUGCUGAGAAAAUCGACAAUCCUAAUACAAAGAAUAAGGAGACAGCUGCUGAGGAAUUCGACAAUCCUGAUACAAAGAAGAAUAAUGAGACAGUUGGCGAGGAAUCUUCGUUUGACGAGAAAAUAAAGGCUAAUAAGAAAAGAUCAAACAAGCGUCGAAAGAAGAAAAUCAAUAACAACGGUAGCAUUAGUCACAAGCGGGAAGUAGCAGAACCCGGACUUCCUUUGGAAUUCAAAGAAAAGAUUGAACAAAUGGGAGGCAUUGAGGUGAAGUUGGUGAUCCAGAAGAAACUAACUAAGACUGAUGUGACGCGAGGCAAUAGUCGUCUCGCCAUCCCAAAAGGAAAAAUUAAAGAGAGUUUUCUGACACCAGAUGAGGAAUCGUACUUGGAUUAUGAGCGUAAUAACAAAGAAGAGAAGAUUGCUGGUAUGUACGUAUCUCUGUUGGAUCACAAUCUUAACCUUUGGGAUGAAAUGAUCUUGAAGAAGUGGAAAAUGGAGACAGCUGAACUCUACAAUAUCACAGAAGGAUGGAAUGAGCUUGUAGCAGAAAACAAAUGGAACAAAGACGAGGAGGUGGAGGUGCAACUUUGGUCUUUCAGGCGCAACCACAAGCUCAACUUUGCGCUCGUCAAGCUUUAGCAAAUAUCUAUCAAUUAAUGAUAAUGAAGACUUUUUUAUGGUGGAAGGUUUUACCUGUCAUCGAUAAAGAAGAU